AGGUGUACUCGGCAGCACAGCCGGCAGCGUGCUGUUGUGAUGGCCUGGGACCGGUGCCUUGUGGUGGCUGGAAACGACCAGCAAAGCAUUCAAUACCCUCUGAGUGAGGAUUCUCACCUGGUCCCAGAGCUGGACGGGGUGCGCAUUUUCUCUCGCUCCACCCACGAAUUCCUCCAUGAGAUCCCAGAGGCCAGUGAGGAGAUCUUCAAAAUCGCCUCCAUGUCGCCCGGGGCCUUGCUGCUCGAAGCUCAGAAAGAAUAUGAGAAAGAAAGCCAGAAGGCGGACGAAUACCUGCGUGAAAUCAAGGACCAGAAACUGCUUUCGGAGGCUGUCGAGCAAUGCAUUAAAGCAGCCAGCUAUGAACAUUCCCCGCCCAUCCAGAAAGCUCUGCUCCAGGCAGCCUCUUUUGGAAAAUGCUUCAUCGACAAAUAUGCACCGGAAAAUUUUGUCGAAACCUGCCGAGAUCUGCGAGUGCUUAACGCCGUGCGAGAUUACCAGAUUGGGAUGCCCCUCAGCUUCGACCAAUAUAAACAGCUGACCAAGGAGGUUUUAUUGGAUAGGGUGGUUUUAAGAAGACUGUAUCCCAUCGCCAUCAAGAUCUGCGAGUAUCUCCGUCUCUCCGAAUUCCAAGGAAUAAGCCGGAUUUUGGCCCACUGGGCCUGUUACAAGGUUCAACAGAGAGACAAAUCCGACGAGGAAUUGGCCCAAGUCAUCAACCAGAAACUCGGUGACGCCGUGGGCAUUUCGUAUUCGGACAUCGCGACGCAGGCUUACGAGAGCAGCCGGCCAGAGCUGGCUAUCAAGCUGCUGGAAUACGAACCCAGGCCGGGAAAGCAGGUUCCUCUUUUGCUGACCAUGAAGAGAAGCCAGCUGGCGUUGAGUAGAGCCAUCGAGAGCGGGGACAGCGACCUGGUUUACACCGUCAUCUCGCGCUUGAAGGACGAACUCGGCCGGGGCGAUUUCUUCAUGGCUUUGCAGAACCAGCCCGUGGCGUUGAGUCUCUAUCGUCAGUUCUGCAAACAUAAGGAGCCCAACACACUUAAAGACCUCUACAAUCAAGACGACAACCACCAAGAGCUGGGCAACUUCCACGUCCGUAGCAGCUACAUCAGUGAGAAG